UACAGAUAAUUCUUAGGUAAACUUUAAUCGUACAUAGCAGUGUACAGAAUAUAUAUGUGUAGUGCAGCUACAUGCGCGUGUACUCGUACAGCUGGACGAAUAAAUGGGAUAACGAUUCUAUUCGCAUAAUCGACAGUAAAUAUCUAUAUUCGCAUCGAUACAAAGGCAGUAUUGUAACACGAAAUACGAUUAAGAAAUAUUUGUAAAAUUUCGUUUUUGUACAAUUUUUCUUACGGAACGCUGGGGAAUUUUCGGGGACAGAACAUAGUUGCAAGCCAUCUCUAAAGAGCUUGACAAGUUUUGCUAGUUUUAGUGGAAUUUAUUUUCAAAAUGGCAGCUAUAAGAAGAUUGCAAAAGGAACUCUGUGAUAUAAGAGCGACGUUGAUGAAACAUUUUACAAAUAUCCAAGUAGACGAAUCGAAUAUUCUUACUUGGCAAGGCCUUAUACUGCCGGAUAACCCACCAUAUAAUAAAGGGGCAUUUCGUAUUGAAAUAAAUUUUCCUGCAGAAUAUCCAUUUAAACCCCCGAGAAUAAACUUCAAGACAAAAAUAUAUCAUCCUAACGUGGAUGAAAAAGGACAAGUAUGCUUGCCGAUCGUAAGUGCUGAAAAUUGGAAACCGGCUACAAAGGCGGAUCAAGUUGUACAAGCUUUGAUAGCGUUAGUGAAUGAUCCAGAACCGGAACAUCCGUUGAGGGCAGAUCUUGCAGAAGAAUUUCUAAAGGAUAGGAAAAAAUUUUUAAAGAACGCAGAGGAAUUUACAAAAAAGCACGCGGAAAAAAGGCGAGAGUCAUCUUCCUCCAACGAAUAACCAUGAGUGGCUCUACUCACCAUGAUGCCUGCCGCCCGACAGCUAAUUUAAUUCAAGCCAACAUAGACUUAUGUGUUACAUGAAAACAAGUUGAGAUACAUGUGUACAGUAUUGGUUAAUUACCAACAAUGAUAUGAAUACGUGCAAAUUGUAAUGUUUAUAAAGUGGAUUAAUGAACUUGUCAGAGCAAAGUAAAUUAUGAUAAACUAACUGUAUGAUAUUGUAUACAAUUCGUAUUUGCAACCGUUACGUGAUCACGUUCUGUACGAUUUUUAAAGGCUUGAAGAGUAUCGCCUGUUCUUUUCUUUCUGCUGCCAGCGAAGCAGUAACAAUUUUAAAACGUUGCAUUUACAUCUAAUAGUGGGAAAUACAUUCUUGCAACUUUAAUUUUGUCGAUACAUAUCAAUCGAGCCUGUAAACAUUAAACAAUCGUCAUGAAUGUACAUAAAUUUGCGUGAUUAUUGGAAAUCAAGUUGAUAUUAUAAUCGCAUUUUGAUGUUAAUUCUGGUAAUGAUAUAUUUCUAUAGUGUUAUAUUGAAAACUUGAUUUCACCUUUUAAUGUACAAUAUUAAUUUCUAACUCAGUAAUCUCCUAAAUAAUAUAUAAAACUCCGGUAAUCCCCCUAAAUGAUAUUAAUUUUUAACU